AUGUUAGAAGAGAAGAUAAAGGGACAUGGGGCGAGUACUGCCCUUCGACCAGAAGUGAGGAAGAGGGAAGAGAACCAGGGUUUGUCGGAAAAAGUUGUAGGUGUGGAGAGUAAAUUAGCUGAGGGAUUACAUUAUUCUGGACCAACAGCUAUCAACGUUCUUUCCGAUUUGACUCGAACUGGACCUUGGACAAUGAUGAACCCUAUUUACACAGAAGAAGAAUUGGAUUGUGUUCAGAUCGUUCACAGACCAACGGUAACAAUUGGUGAUAAGCUUGCACACGGUUCGGUGACUUUGAUCAGGCGAAUCUUCGAUUGGGUGACAGGUUACAAAGCUUUACCCAUACCUGAAGAAACCCUUCAACGAAAUACUAUACCUAUCGAAGAACUGAGAGCCAAGGGAUUAUUGUUAUCGGACAAAGCUUGGUUGAUGCGGAUCAUACUCCUCGAGAGCUUUGCUGGGGUACCAGGGAUGGUAGCGGGGACAUUGAGGCAUCUUAGGAGUUUACGACGCCUGCGCCGUGACGGAGGAUGGAUUCAUACUUUACUCGAAGAAGCCGAAAACGAACGAAUGCACCUCCUCACAUUCAUGACCAUCGCUCAACCUUCUUGGUUGACACGUGUUGCUGUCCUGGGCGCCCAGGGAGUCAUGUACAACCUUCUCUUCGCAACUUAUCUCAUUACACCCAAAACGGCUCAUCGUUUCGUGGCUGCACUGGAAGAAGAAGCGGUGAAAACUUAUACACAUUGUGUCGAAGAUAUGCAAAAGGGUCUAGUACCCGAAUGGGACGACGUCCCCGCUCCACAAAUAGCCAUCGAUUACUGGCGUUUACCUCAGUCGGCUAAAUUGAUCGAUGUGAUAAGAGCUGUCAGAGCGGAUGAAGCUACACAUCGGUUUGUCAACCAUUCCCUGGCCGAUUUGGAUCAGAAGAGGGAUUUUAAUCCUUUUGCAUUAGGAGAUGCGAGUCCAGAGAUUAGGGGAACCAAAGCAGGAUUCACUAGGGAAGAAUCAGCAGCGUUUGUGAAGGAGACGCAGAGGAAGCUCUUGGGCGAAUCCGCCCAAACACCCGUAGAGAUCCCCCAGAGAAGCUGA